CACAAGGACAACAGAGGGUAGGGGAUGCUGGUAAUGGCACGGGGACAUGGAGAUGGGCUGGGAGACGUGGGGGCACGCGACUGGUCCCAGGACUGGAGCUGGUAGGGGGGUUGCACAGCCCCCCUGGGGAUAUGGGGGAUUGCAUGGUGAGCAGUGGGAGGGGACGUGGGGUAGCAGUGGUGGUGGUCAGGGUUGUCUGCUGUCCCUAUGAGCUGGGUGAGGGCUGGUGUGUGCCGGUGUGGGGUGGGGACAGGAGGGGACGUGCUGUUGACUGUACACAGCCCACACCCACAGUCACACUGGGUGCAGCCGGUUCCCCCCAGUCCCCUGCGGUGACUGUCCCCAUAUAAUGUGCGUGCCUCCAGCUGUGCCAUCAGUUCCACCACCAUGGAGGGGGACGUGGGGACACGGAUGGCUGACAUUGAGAAGGAGAGCCUGCUGGGUGCUGUGCACGGCGUCUCGGGGCCCGUGGUGACGGCCAUACGCAUGGCAGGGGCAGCCAUGUAUGAACUGGUGCGUGUGGGGCACGCAGAGCUGGUGGGGGAGAUCAUCCGCCUGGAGGGGGACAUGGCCACGCUGCAGGUGUAUGAGGAGACCUCGGGGGUGCGGGUGGGGGACCCGGUGCUGCGCACGGGUCAGCCGCUCUCGGUGGAGCUCGGUCCUGGCAUCCUGGGCUCCAUCUUCGACGGCAUCCAGCGCCCGCUGCGGGACAUCGCACAGCUGACGGGUGGCAUCUACAUCCCACGGGGUGUCAACAUCCCCGCGCUGCCACGGCACCUCACCUGGGACUUUGUCCCCAGCAAGAGCAUCCAGGUUGGCAGCCAUGUCACUGGUGGGGACAUCUAUGGGACAGUGACAGAGAACUCACUCAUCCAACACAAGAUCAUGGUGCCACCCCGCAGCUGUGGCACCGUCACUCACAUCGCACCACCAGGACACUACAGCAUCUCGGAUGUGGUGCUGGAGCUGGACUUCGAGGGUGUGGCCGAGCAGCUGACCAUGAUGCAGGUGUGGCCAGUGCGGCAGACCCGGCCCGUGGUGGAGAAGCUGACAGCAAAUCACCCACUGCUGACAGGACAGCGCGUGCUGGAUGCGCUUUUCCCAUGCGUGCAGGGUGGCACCACAGCCAUCCCCGGUGCUUUUGGCUGCGGCAAAACCGUCAUCUCGCAGUCCCUGUCCAAGUACUCCAACAGCGACAUCAUCGUCUAUGUGGGCUGCGGGGAGCGCGGCAAUGAGAUGUCCGAGGUGCUGCGGGACUUCCCCGAGCUCACCAUGGAGGUGGAUGGGAGGACGGAGAGUAUCAUGAAGCGCACCACGCUGGUGGCCAACACCUCCAACAUGCCAGUGGCUGCCCGCGAAGCCUCCAUCUACACUGGCAUCACGCUGUCUGAGUACUUCCGCGACAUGGGGCUCAACGUCAGCAUGAUGGCCGACUCCACCUCCCGCUGGGCCGAGGCGCUGCGAGAGAUUUCAGGGCGCUUGGCUGAGAUGCCGGCGGACAGCGGGUACCCCGCGUACCUGGGCGCUCGCCUGGCCUCCUUCUAUGAGCGUGCGGGGCGGGCGCGCUGCCUGGGCUCCCCCCUCCGUGAGGGCAGCGUCAGCAUCGUUGGAGCGGUGUCACCGCCCGGAGGGGACUUCUCAGACCCUGUCACCUCAGCCACGCUGGGCAUCGUGCAGGUGUUCUGGGGUCUGGACAAGAAGCUGGCACAGCGCAAGCACUUCCCAUCGGUGAACUGGCUGAUCAGUUACAGCAAAUACUUGCGGGCGCUGGAGCCCCACUACGAGCGGCUGCACCCUGACUUCCCCACACUGCGCACCCGUGCCAGGGAGAUCCUGCAGGAGGAGGAGGAUCUGGCUGAGAUUGUGCAGCUCGUGGGGAAGGCGUCCCUUGCUGAGGCUGACAAGGUGACACUGGAGGUAGCCAAACUCCUCAAGGAUGACUUCCUGCAGCAGAAUGGCUACUCCUCCUAUGACAGGUUCUGCCCCUUCUACAAGACAGUGGGGAUGCUGCAAAACAUCGUCACCUUCUAUGAGCUCGCCCGACAUGCCGUGGAGGCCACUGGGUCUGGAGAGCGCCGUGUCACUUGGGCAACCAUCCGCGAGAACCUCGGGGACAUCCUGCACCGGCUGAGUGCCAUGAAGUUCAUGGAUCCAGUGAAGGACGGCGAAGCCAACAUCACGGCUGCCUUCACGCAGCUCAACGAGGAGAUGCAGGCAGCCUUCCGCAACCUGGAGGACUGAGGGUCUCCCUCUGGACCCUCUGCUCCAAUAACCCCCCCACCCCAAUUCACCCCCCACCUACAUCAGGAUCUGUCCUCAGGGUCCCACUUGUCCUCGUAGAAUUUAGAAUGGCCUGGGUUGAAAAGUACCACAAUGCUCAUCUGGUUUCAACCUCCCUCUUAUGUGCAGGGGCUGCCAACCAGCAGACCAGGCUGCCCAGAGCCACAUCCAGCCUGACCCCGUGUCAGUAAGCAAUUCUUUGUUUACCACAUUGUGCCCUGUUCCUUUCAUGAGUGAUUUAGCUGGUUUAAAGCAGCUGUGUCUGCUACUGCUUUUCUCUACAACAUUCUUUUCCAUUAUACGCAACUAUACACUGCAGUGGUGUACCUCAGAGGUUUCAUGAAGGUCUAUUUCAAAGUAGCCGGAGUUUUGUUCAUUGUCAAGACAAAGGCCUCAGGCCUUGAUGGUAUUAACUGUUGGUAUUAAAUGAUGGUGUCUUGUUUCAGUUAACAUUAAAAUUGCUUGGUAGUUA